CUUCGUACUCGCACAAUUUUUGAAUUUUGACUACUGCGGUAAUACACGAUCGUAUUCCUUCGCAAGUGUCUUUUGAUGUACGUUUUGGAUGUCGAGUAAUCACAACGUUAGGACACAAUUAUAAACGCGAAGAAGUACUGGGGUAUACGUGUACACUAGUUUGGUCAAAAUAGAGCAACACAACAAUAGUAUUUAUGCUACGCGUUGAGAAAAUUGAAGGUGCGCCCUACUUUCUGUUCUCCUAAUAUAACUAACUGCUAUCGCUUGUUAGUUACCACUCAAAUAUGCAGUAUUGGGCUGUGAAGUACACGUACUAUGUAAAGGCUAGUGGUAAUACCCAGUUAUUUAGGCUGAAGUGGGUGGAUCGGGACUGAAAGCCGGGACCCAGUGACUGCAGACUGAGUGUUUAGACCAGUGAACUGCAUCUUCCCUACCUACUAGUGGAUUUCGGAAUGUGGCCAUUGUCUUUUAGCAUCUUUCAGGGAAUCAGAAAUUCUCCCUGUAAUUUAUGUGUAGGGCGGAUUCUUCUGGCUGUGUAAGAUAUUUUUGACCAGUGAUAGUAUUGCGUAUAAUGAUUUUGGCCUCAUUGUUUCACUCGUGUGCUUCCUGAUAAGCUGGUCAACCACCAAGAGAGAAAUAUUUCUGUAGUAUUUCUUAUAUAAGCUAGCCUCUUGCGAUCCGCCUACUUCUAAUACUUUUAAUUUGGAUUAUUGGAUUUUCAGUGCAGUGCCCUAGAAUUAUAUACACAUGGCUGCUGACAAUUCCGAUUCAUAUGAAUGGACCUGUGAGUCGGAAAUUCAUCUCUUCCAUGGAUUAAUGAAGCACAAACCCGUUGGGGUAUCUCGCCAUUUCGAGAUGAUGUGCUUGUGCAAUUAUCUGAAUUCAGUUCUUCGCAAACCAAUCACUCCUGAAGCUAUUUGGAAGAAGCUGGAUACCCUGUUCAAUAUGGAAGAACUGCAUGAGUCAGAAGUAAACCCGUUUCAAGGUAAAACGAAGGAAUUCAGUCUACCCGAGGAGUUUGAUUCCUUGAAAGAAUUGAAGUUUCCUCGUGUUGGUCAUCGGAGCGAUACAGUUAUACCCAAAUCUCCAGUUGUAGUAAAACCAUUGGACUGUUUCUGUCGGUCUAACCAAGCCAGUGAGUGAAGGAUGCCAAAUGGAAAGUCAAUCACCA